GCCUGGCUGUCCCUCUUUCUCUCUUGACGCCUUCGCAAGGCUCUGUGGUUCUUUCUCUUCUUAAUUUUCCCCUUCAGCUUGUUCGAUACCAAGUUUUGCUGCUGGCCAGCACCUUGAGCCUCUCUUUCCUUCCAUUUCAUUUCUUCUACUCAGUUGGGAGCAGGGAUUUCCUGAGAACAAACCCAGAUACCGUUAUAGUUCGCGUUAUAAAACUAAUAGUUGCAUUUCUUUUCCUCGUUUUCCUAUAAAGCACAGCCGCAACCAUGAUGGCCUCGUUGAAAGAGUCACUGGCUGGUCCAGGAUACGUGAUCCUCAACGCACUUCGGGUUAUAAACAUCAUCGUCUUCCUUGAUAUGAUCGCAGCCCAUGCGGUAAUGCUGGUCAAGAUUGACCUUCUGACCAGUUUCUUCUUUUUCGAAGCUGUUGGACAUGCCAUUGCAAUUGUCGUCAGCAUUUUCCUCAUAGUAUCAGAACUUCCAUUCUUCCGCGGGUUCUUCGACCGUCACUGGCCAUCCCUCGGCGAAGAUUCUGGAUUUAUCACACUAGCGUUUGCAAUGCUGAUACUUGGAAUUGGAGCAUUGGGCGACCUCAAUACAAAGGCUACAAGCCAAGAAGAGCUUGGGCUCACAUUUUGGAGAAUCAUCAUAUCAGCAGGAAUACUGGCUCUCGUUGUCAGUGCCUUGAAUGUUGUUGCGAACUUUGCUUUUGCAGACCGCGAUAUCGGUGUUAGUGCACGCCACGUCCGUGUCUACGGAGCCGUUGCUCCGCAUAAGGUUGCCUCGCGAACAUGCAGUCAACGAUCAUUCCGCCUCAGCACUAAGCGUGAAGACACAUUGCCUUCGUACAGUACAACAAGCCCUCCGCUCCGCCGCUCCUCAACGGCAGCGAGCAUGCCGCGCCUCCCCGUCAAAAUUUCUCCACCACUCAACCCGAUGCGCAUGCCCAGUGCAACUGAAUAUGCACCAUCGUCAAAGUACUCCCGGGAUUCAUCGGGGGUCACUAUGCCGGAUCUCGCUCACCAUCCGGCUAUGCAACAUCCCAACCAAAUCUAAUUGAGGGGUUUAACAAUGCAACCCAACCGAGUCUUCUACAACUACCGAAGCUGAGAGAAGUAAAAUAAAAAAGCGGCACUGGCCUAUCAGUUAUAUUAGCGAUGACAGUAUUAUUUUACGGGUUUUCGUUUAUUUCGUUGCAUGUUAUUGUCUCCAGAUAUCCCUUUUUAUUGCGGUUCUUGUU